GCGGCCGCCAUAUUAACACAGGUGUCGACGGCGGCGGGGGGAGGGAGAGCGGGAAGUUGCUCUUCUCGCGGGAGCUGGCGGCGUGACUGCCACGUCCGACCAAGCCGGGAAAGGACUCCGGAGCCGGUGAGAACCGCUGCCUUUCUCUCUCGUCCUUUUUCAGGCUUGUCCCCCCUCUAGUGAGUCCGAGACGAGGGCCCCCCAAGACCGUAACGUGACCGAUCAAGGCCUAGAACGGUGUUCCGGGGGUCGCACCUCCGGGAGUGGUUUUGAAAUAAAGAGGACGAGUCUUGGGGAACAUUGUGAGUGUGUGGGCUGGGGCAGCAUGGAAUCGAGGAGCAGCCCAUAGUGGUGGACGGAGGGCGUGAGCAGAAUAAGACGGAUCCCAGUUGACUGAAGUCGCUGUCUGUCCCUCUGGUCAGCAUGAUGGCCAGAGGCCUGGACGUCCCCCACGGGUUGGCUAUGCGACUGCUGACCUGCGCGGCCUUGGGGCUGCUGGUGGCUGCACACGGGGACCAUGGUGACCAGCACGAGGACCUGCAAGAGAGCUUCCAUGGACACAGCCAUGCCCAUGGCCACGGCCACACGCAUGAAAGCAUCUGGCAUGGGCACACCCACGGUGACCACGACCAUGGACAUUCCCAUGAGGAUUUCCACCAUGGACAUGGCCACGGCCACAGCCACGAAAGCAUCUGGCAUGGGCACACCCACGGUGACCACGACCAUGGGCAUUCCCAUGAGGAUUUCCACCAUGGACACAGCCAUGCCCAUGGCCACGGCCAUGGCCACACCCACGAAAGCAUCUGGCAUGGGCACACCCACGACCAUGGGCAUUCCCAUGAGGAUUUGCACCAUGGCCAUGGGCAUGACAAUGAGCAUAGCCACGGAGGCUAUGGGGCAUCUGGGACUCCAGUCAUCAAGCAGGACCUGGACACUGUCACCCUCUGGGCUUAUGCACUGGGGGCCACAGUGCUAAUAUCCGCAGCUCCAUUUUUCUUCCUCUUCCUUAUCCCUGUGGAGUCCAACUCCCCCCGGCACAGCUCUCUGCUCCAGAUCUUGUUAAGUUUUGCUUCUGGUGGACUCCUGGGAGAUGCCUUCCUGCACCUCAUCCCACAUGCCUUGGAACCUCACUCUCACCACACUGUGGAGCAGCCCAGACACGGACAUGGACACUCACACAGUGGCCAAGGCCCCAUUCUGUCUGUGGGACUGUGGGUUCUCAGCGGAAUUGUCGCCUUCCUCGUGGUGGAGAAGUUUGUAAGGCAUGUGAAAGGCGGCCAUGGACACAGUCAUGGGCACGGACAUGCUCAUGGUCACACCCAUGGAAGCCACGGACACGGGAGACAGGAGGCUCCUCCAAAGGAGAAGCAGAGCUCAGAGGAAGAGGAAAAGGAAGCCGGGGGGCUGCGGAAGAGGAAGGGAGGAAGCACCGGGCCCAAAGACGGGGCUGUGAGAGCGCAGCACCCUGAAGAGGAAAAAACGGGCUCAGAUCUGCGCGUGUCUGGGUACUUGAAUCUGGCUGCUGACUUGGCACACAACUUUACGGAUGGCCUGGCCAUUGGUGCCUCCUUCCGAGGGGGCCAGGGCUUGGGCAUUCUGACCACGAUGACCGUCUUGCUCCAUGAAGUGCCCCAUGAGGUCGGGGAUUUUGCCAUCCUGGUCCAGUCUGGCUGCAGCAAAAAACAGGCGAUGCGUCUACAACUACUGACAGCAGUAGGAGCACUGGCAGGCACAGCCUGUGCCCUUCUAACUGAAGGAGGGACAGUGGGCAGUGAUGGCACAAGUGGUACAGGCCCUGGCUGGAUUCUGCCGUUCACCGCAGGUGGUUUUAUCUAUGUGGCAACAGUGUCCGUGUUGCCAGAGCUGUUGCGGGAGGCAUCACCACUUCAGUCGCUUCUGGAGGUGCUGGGGUUGCUGGGUGGCGUGGCCAUGAUGGUGUUGAUUGCCCACCUUGAGUGAGAAAAGCGCAGUGAGCUGCCUCCAGGCUAGGGCUCAGAGACUAGUGGUUUGGCCUGGGACACCUGCCAGAGGAAAGCAUUGCAGCCUCAGAGAAUGAGAACUUUGCAUUUGGACCUUUAAAUUCUGUUUGGGGGACUGCAGCAGUCAGAACAAGUGGCUAAAGGGACCAUUAUGUGGGGCUGGCACUGCCUGACCGUAUUUUUGGAGUGGAGAACUAAAAGGAGCUACAAAAAAGGCUGGAAGGAAGUGGUGUAGCCCAUGGUUGUGUCCCCUACUCCCUUAUACUUAAGAGGACCAAGCUGUCCCACAUAGGGUUUAUCCGGAGCCCAUUUCCCUCCCCCACCGGCUGCUGGAGUUUUCAAGGCAAGACCAAAAUCCUAGACGGAGGGAAGAGGAGGAGGAGGAGAGCAGAGAUGAACAUCAAUCAUGUUCCGAUUUGGGAGUGACUGGGUAAAAGGGAGGGAGGGUUAGUUGGUAAUCUGAUUGCCUGCCUGAUAUUUUGUUGGUUUGUUUCUAUUCAUUUUGUAUCACUGUGUUUGAAUUGAGGGGAUGGGGGUGGUGACCAGAAAUAAAGUCUUUGGAUAUUCCGC